AUGUCUUCGACUGGUUCCGCCCAGUCGCAGUGGUCAUCCAUCCGAGAAACGUCCUCUGAUGUAUUUCGACGUGGCUGCCGGGACAUUGGUGUCCCUGACUCCUUCGCCGGCAGCGCUGGGCGACGGCGGCGGCGGCGAGGCGACGGCGCGUCACCCGCCAGUCCAAUAUCCGGCCGCACCGCACUGGCGCCUGAUAAGGCGGAGAGCGGCGGGGGCGGGGGCGGGGGCGGGGGCGGGGGCGGUGCAGCAGCGGUGAACAGGCGGCGCGUUUACCGCCGCGUCCACACUGACACUGUCGUAGCCGCGCUGCUGCUGCUGCACUUCCCCACUCUGUUACUCACUUCCUCUGCGAGCCGUUUUGAGUCACCAGAGAAGGAAGACAAAGACUGUAGUGGAGGUGAACUCACCGAAGGCGACAUUAAAUCAAAUGAUGGAGGUCAUGAAAGAAGUCCCGUACCAGAACUAACAAGUGACGGAGAGGAAACUGGAAGUGAAACUGUUCGAUGUUCUUCCAAGAAGAGGAACCCUGCCAGAUUCCUAGAUGACUACGCUGUUGUUGCACUGAAUGCUGAAUGA